GUCGCGAACCCCCCUCCCCACUCGCUCAGGGCUCUCCAAUCCGCAGCUCUGCGUGCGGGGGCGCGCGCAUCCCCCCGCCGUCCGUCCGUCAGCUGUCUGUCUGGGUGUCUACGCGGGCGCAGCCGUGCACCCUUCCCCAGCCUCAGGCGCUGCGCAGGGACAGACAAGGCGUUCGCAGCGCCCUGCCCGCGCUCCACGCCCGCAGCCGCCAGACGGCAGCGCCUGCGUCCGUGCCCGGCCCAGCCGUUGCGCGGGAGCCGCGGGGGCAAAGGCGCAGUGGCCAGCGGACCAUCUCUCGUGCCCUCGUUCUCUGCGCUCCGGGGCAGGUGAGCCCCGGCCACCCGCUCUCCAAGAUGAAGAAGCUCCAGGGAGCUCACCUCCGCAAGCCUGUCACCCCAGACCUGCUGAUGACCCCCAGUGACCAGGGCGAUGUCGACCUGGAUGUGGACUUUGCUGCAGACCGGGGGAACUGGACAGGCAAGCUGGACUUCCUGCUGUCCUGCAUUGGCUACUGUGUAGGCCUGGGGAAUGUCUGGCGCUUCCCCUAUCGAGCGUACACAAAUGGAGGAGGCGCCUUCCUCGUGCCCUACUUCCUCAUGCUGGCCAUCUGUGGCAUCCCCCUCUUCUUCCUGGAGCUCUCCCUGGGCCAGUUCUCCAGCCUAGGGCCCCUGGCUGUCUGGAAAAUCAGCCCCCUCUUCAAAGGUGCCGGCGCAGCCAUGCUGCUCAUCGUGGGCUUGGUGGCCAUCUACUACAACAUGAUCAUCGCCUACGUGCUCUUCUACCUCUUCGCCUCCCUCACCAGCGACCUACCCUGGGAGCACUGUGGCAACUGGUGGAACACAGAACUCUGCCUGGAGCACAGAGGCUCCAAGGAUGGCAACGGGGCCCUGCCCCUCAACCUCACCUGCACCGUCAGCCCCAGCGAGGAGUACUGGAGCCGCUACGUCCUCCACAUCCAAGGCAGCCAGGGCAUCGGCAGCCCUGGGGAGAUCCGCUGGAACCUCUGCCUCUGCCUGCUGCUGGCCUGGGUCAUCGUGUUCCUCUGUAUCCUCAAGGGUGUGAAGUCUUCAGGCAAGGUGGUGUAUUUCACGGCCACGUUCCCUUACCUCAUCCUGCUCAUGCUGCUGGUCCGCGGAGUCACCCUCCCAGGGGCCUGGAAGGGCAUCCAGUUCUAUCUCACCCCCCAGUUCCACCACCUGUUGUCUUCCAAGGUGUGGAUUGAAGCUGCUCUUCAGAUCUUCUAUUCCCUGGGUGUGGGCUUCGGGGGGCUCCUCACCUUUGCCUCCUACAACACGUUCCACCAGAACAUCUAUAGAGACACUUUCAUCGUCACUCUGGGCAACGCCAUCACCAGCAUCCUGGCUGGCUUUGCCAUCUUCUCUGUGCUGGGCUACAUGUCUCAGGAGCUGGGCGUGCCUGUGGACCAAGUAGCCAAAGCAGGCCCUGGCCUGGCCUUUGUCGUCUACCCACAGGCCAUGACCAUGCUGCCUCUGUCACCCUUCUGGUCCUUCCUCUUCUUCUUCAUGCUUCUGACUCUCGGCCUAGAUAGCCAGUUUGCUUUUCUGGAGACCAUCGUGACAGCUGUGACAGAUGAGUUCCCAUACUACCUGCGGCCCAAGAAGGCGGUGUUCUCCGGGCUCAUCUGCGUGGCCAUGUACCUGAUGGGGCUGAUCCUCACCACUGAUGGGGGCAUGUACUGGCUGGUCCUUCUGGAUGACUACAGCGCCAGCUUUGGGCUGAUGGUGGUGGUUAUCACCACGUGCCUUGCCGUGACACGGGUGUAUGGUGAGAAGAGCCAUGGGAGGCGGAGUCGAGCUCUCCGCAGUGGGAGAACGGGAGUCUAUGCUGGGGACCCCCAGUACCUGGGUCCCUGGUCCCAAGGGCCAGGGUUUCCAGUGGGGGCAGCUGGGGUAGAGGAGGGGCUGCUGGCGCUUGUGGGGCCGGCGGGUGGGGCCAUUCCUCCUCCCCUCCCCUGUGCAGGCAUUCAGAGGUUCUGCCGAGAUAUCCACAUGAUGCUGGGCUUCAAGCCGGGCCUCUACUUCAGGGCCUGCUGGCUGUUCCUGUCCCCAGCCACGCUCUUGGCCCUGCUGGUGUAUAGCAUCGUCAAGUACCAGCCCUCGGAGUAUGGCAGCUACCGCUUCCCACCCUGGGCUGAGCUGCUGGGCAUCCUGAUGGGCCUGCUGUCCUGCCUCAUGAUCCCAGCUGGCAUGCUGGUGGCUGUGCUUCGAGAAGAGGGCUCACUCUGGGAGCGGCUCCAACAGGCCAGCCGGCCGGCCAUGGACUGGGGACCAUCGCUGGAGGAGAACCGGACGGGCAUGUAUGUGGCCACGCUGGCUGGGAGCCAGUCACCAAAGCCACUGAUGGUGCACAUGCGCAAGUACGGGGGCAUCACCAGCUUCGAGAACACGGCCAUCGAGGUGGAUCGUGAGAUUGCAGAGGAGGAGUCGAUGAUGUGAGGCAGGAGGCAGGUGGGCAGAAGGCCCUGCCCGGGACCUCACAGUCCCUUCUUAGAAGCCUGCAAAGGUCAGCGGUGCCCUCUGGGAUUCUGAGAGGCUAUGGGGGGCUGCCAUAGGGAUGCCAGCCCCCCAGUGGGGGUCCCUCCUGCAGCUUCUGCCUCUCCUGAAACCUCUGACAACCCCCUACACACACACAGGCACACUCAGACCCAUUCAAAGCUGAGAAUGAUGCAACUCAGCCCUACUUUGCAGAUGGACAUAUUGAGUCCAGGAGGGGAGGGACUUGCCCCAGGUUGCAUGGCAGAGGGGACUUGACCCCAUGCCUCCUGACUAGCCAGCUCCCUUUCCCACGGGGCAGCUGGCACCACCUUCUCAUCUCUAUUCAGGGCCUACACCCCUCCCUUUUCUGGGGGAUGCUGUCCCACACACCUCAGCACAACCAGAAUCUUGAGUUGGGCAGGGAGGGUCAGGGCCACAGAGGCUCUUGAGGCUCUGAGGCUGUGGGGAUCAAGGGUCAAUGAGUUAGGUGGGGAGAAAGAUCCCUGGGGGCUCCUGUGUGCAGGACUCCUGAAGGAGGUGGGAGCUGAGGGCCCUGGAGGAUGGGGAAGGUUUGCAGAGAGAGGAAAAAUAGGGCAGGGUGGGGAGGAGCUCUGGGCCAGAGGAUGCUGAGCUGCCUGGGCAGAGACCAAGAGGGUUGGAGACACUAGUUUUACAAGGUUACAGGAGGGUUCAAGACAGAAGGAAAACUAACAGAGGGGGAGCCAGGGAUGAUGGGGUGGGCAGGGGAUAUGCAUGAUGAAGAAUAUCAUUCCGGAUCUGUGCAGAACGGAUCAGAGGGGACAGGGUGGAGCGGAGAGGCCUGUGCAAAGUGGAAAAGAGCUGCCGGUGGCCUGAGCCAGGGUGCUGGGGCUGCAGGUGGGGAAAGGAGGCCCCAGCACUUCAGACAAAGGCCACCCCUUCACCCACUGGACCCCAAGCCGCAAAAGCUGGGGAGGUAGGAAGGGUCACUGUGAGGGCCCAGGGCCCCUCUCUUCCCAUCUGCCUUGUCCUGGUGGCCUUCAGUGUCUCUUCCAGUUCCAGGAGCUGCUGGGAAGCUGGCCUUCAUUGUUGGUGACAGGGCAACCAUGGGACUAGGAGGUGGCCCAUACACAUGGCUGGCUGGUCCCGAGGCCACCCACCCUGUUCCAGGACAUGGGCCCUGGGCCCGGUGUGGGGGUAAACGCAGAGGGCAGAGGGUAGCCCUUGGUACUGUGGGUCCCUCAAAGAGGAGGGUGGGGUGCAGAAAUGCCUCAGCAUGGCUCAUGCACACAGCAUUCUCCAGUGGGGCAGGGCUCCCUCGUGCAACAGGCCCCCCUGUGGCCAGCCUCUAUGCCUGUCUCCUCUCGCUGUGUCCCCCCAUCCCCUUGUGUUCUGUUGGUUCAUUGUUAAUAAAUAUCAAAUGAGGUCAUGCUCCUUA